UUUCCAUGAAUGCUCUCCUCUUCAUUGUUUCUUUCCCUUCAACGAUAGCUAUAACAGCUCCCUAAGUUCCUUUCCUGCAUCCGCAUACCAAUCGCAAUGUCUCAAUUGCUCCGCCUUUUUCUGGCCAUAGCCCUUGGACUAGCCUCCCUCGUCCAUUCAUAUUCAGAUCCAGGAUCCUGCACCGGCGCCUGCUGGGCCCAUGACCCAAGCAUUAUCCAACGCGCCAGCGACGGCAAAUACUUCAAAUUCAACACAGGAACUGGGAUUGAGAUCGCGACUGCCGACUCCCUUGCUGGACCUUGGACCCUUCAAGGCUAUGUGUUGGCGAGUGGGAGCUCAAUUGACAACCCGGGGAAGAAUGACCCUUGGGCUCCGGAUGUGCACUUGGUGGGUGAAGAGUACUAUUUGUACUAUGCGGUAAGCGAGUUUGGGAGUCAGGUUAGUGCAAUUGGACUUGCAACUAGCCCGACAAUGCAGCCUGGGACAUGGACCGACCAAGGAGGUGUUGGGGUUGUGUCGAAGAAGGGACAGGCGUACAAUGCAAUUGAUCCGAACCUGGUUGCAGUUGGCAGCGACUACUAUCUCAACUUCGGUUCUUUCUGGGGCGACAUUUACCAAGUGAAACUUAACUCAGCAGCAACAAAAGCAACCAGCGCCGCAACGCACAACAUCGAGUAUGACUCCGCUGGCACUCGACCUUGCGAAGGCAGUUACAUGUUCUUCUACAACAACUAUUACUACCUCCUCUGGUCCCACGGCAUCUGCUGUGGCUAUGACAAAACUCUCCCAGCACCAGGCGACGAGUACAGGAUCAUGAUGUGCCGUUCUAAGACCGCCACUGGUGGAUUUUUAGAUCAGAAUGGCGUCGCAUGCACCGCGAGCGGAGGAAGUAUCUUGCUUGAAAGCCACGGAAGUGUUUACGGGCCUGGCGGACAGGGUGUCUUCACAGAUUCCAGCAAAGAGUUGGUUCUCUACUACCACUACGCAAACAAAAGCAUAGGACUCGGAGACGGAGAUUAUCGGUUUGGAUGGAACGUCCUGAAUUGGUCCACCGAUGGGUGGCCACAGGUGUAAUUAAACCAAUCGCAAAGGGCGUUUGUUUAGAGAAGCAAAAUCAAGAUUUGUUCUUUUGGUUUAGAAAGCCCGGGACCCUUGAUCACGGGUCUCUUUCUGUAGAUCUUUUGGGGGGGAUGGGGACCUGGAGAUACGUAGUAGCUGUGACUAUUGAAGUGAUUCACGACAACACAUCGCGUGAAUAGCCCUGGCGCGUUAAGUCCGCGAUCUGUUAUAGGCUGUUAUUAAAAAGAAGGCUGG